AUGGAUGCAGAUCUGCACCUGAACAAACAGAUGGAUGAAGCUGAGUCUUUUCCUGACAGGUGGAAGGAGGACGCUCUCCUCAACAUGUUGACUGAAACUAUUCGGGGGCUUGAGGCCGUCAGACGCCGCAGAGGUUGUCACAAGGGAACGAACAAACCAGGUGGAGGCAGAGGAGAGGAAAUGCAGAGAGGGAGCAAAGAAGGGCCGCUCAGUUCAGGAGACGGCGAGGAGGAGGAUGAAGAGAGAGGCGGAAAUGCUGACGAAGAGCGGGAGGAGAAGGGGAGCAUGCAGAGAGUUCUGGGAGUGCUGAGGGAAUUGAGUGUUUUUCAUUCAGACAGAGUGACAGCAUGGAGGGAAGUCCUCAGAGGAUGUGCCCACAUGGUGGCCACGUCUCCACCAGGGGGCAGCGAUCAGCAGCAUCCACCUCCAACAGAUCCAGAAUGUAAAGCCACACCCUGUUCAGACUCCUUCAGUGAUAUUUUUCUGGGCGUUGAGGAGGAUUUACUGAACAUCAUGGACACGCUGAACAAAAUCAGAACCAAGCUGGAUGGAGAAAUCUCAGCUGUGGAUGCAGCGUCAGAGCAACCUGAGGAUGACCCCGAUCACCUGAACUCCCAUGAUCCUCCGGAAGUUGACUGUGGGCAUAAACAGGACGCUGAAGGUGGAGAUGAUCAAAGCAAUACGGCACCAUCACCAGACAGUGAGGGGACAUCAGAGUCCAGAGACAGCGACUCCGAAUGCAACCAUGUGGAAGAUGCAGGAGAAGAACUAGAGGUCAGAAGUCGAGGGAGUGAUAAUGAGGACUGUGUUUCUCAAGAAAGUCAGACAGACGUCCUGGAGGAGACGAAUGAAAAUGACAAGGCGAACAAACAAUGGAUCACAGUCGGGCUCACUGGUGAACAGGACGACAGCCACUCAGAUGUAGCGGACACGUGCCUCCUCAUCGCGCCCACGGGUGUGGCUGGACUGCUGAGAUGUGAGGUGGCCGACGCCCUGAGCUGCCUGAUGGUGGCCGGCUCGGAGGAGCUGGUCAGCAGAGUGAUCAGGGUCAAAGUUCAGGACGGAGCUAACCUCCACUUCCCUGUGACCGUGGCCAUGCCUUUCUGCGCACGUUACCGCGGCAACUACAGGGAUGUCGCCAUGAAGAUAGUUGAUGGGGAGAGGAAGGCGAGCUACGUCACCCCUGUAACAACAGAGGGCACAUAUGGAGGGCAGAGGGGCUCAUUUGCAGAGGUGAGGGUGUACUCCCUGGGCCUGUUUGCAGUAGUUUCCUGUCUAAAAAGAGAAAACUACACAGUUCCCUCAAAGGGCUUGUCACUCAAGCUUCCCAUGGACCCCCGAAUCUGUCUGAACUACCUCCCAGGAUCCUUCACUGCUCCGUUGAUGGCACAAACCAUGAUCCAGCCUGUGGAUGCUGCUCUUCUGGCCGCCGUCAAAUCCAGAAGUGAUGCCUAUCACUCGGUGGUGUCUACAAGCCCACUCCUCCACCUCACCCACCCAUCCUCUCAGCCCCUGAGAAGACCCCUCACCCUCACCCUUCCCUGUCCCCCAAACCCUGAUAAGAAGAGGCACAGAGGGGGUCAAGGCGAGGAGCAAGAUCACCGAACUCGGCCUGUCAGUGCUUCUCCACCGUGGGAUCAACCUGCCUCCCACAGAAGGAGGGUCCUGGGGCUCUCUGUGAAGUCUAAGGUGAUAUCCAAUGAGCUGCUGAUCGUUCUGGGUUCAAGAGACAAACAGUGGAGCGUCCUGGAUAAAGUCACCGUCAGGAACCAGCAAAAUGGACUGGUGUCCUUCGAGCUGACAGAGAGCUUUGACAGGCUGCUGGUGGUGCGUCUCCUCUCUCCGCUACAGCCUUGCCGUCUCGCCACCCUGGCGGAGGAGCUGGAGGAAUCGGCCUGCUGCCACACGGUCACCAUCGUCCUCCAGCGUAGGCAGGCCGAGCCCCACGCCGCCCUGGUGGCCGCUCUGCCCAGCAGAGACCUCGGCUGGGAGCUGUCCAGGCUGAGAGCCCGGGGCUACUCCGGCCUCCCCUCGUCGGAGAUCUCCAUGCGCGAAGGAGACCAGCUUCUCCUCCGGUUCAGUGGCAACAUCACCUCCGCAGGAGCUCAAAAUGGCCAACAUGAUGAGCGAAUCACCUUCCACAGUCAGCAGAGGAAUCACCUCCUGGUGCAUCUGACAGAAGUGGAUCCGUUUGGGAACUACAGCUCCCCCCACUACAAGGGCACGGCCAUGUUUUUUAAGGUCACCGCAGGGCAGCUGGAGUGGCGAGGCGACGAGCUCGCCCCGAUGGACACAAAGCUCCUGGGAGACCCCGUCUGUAAGCUGUCUCUGACUCUACCCAAGAAAGUGAGGACCAUCAAUCGGCCCAUCGUAGCCAGGGUGAAGUUAUGUGAGGAGACAGACUCGCUGUCAGACUCCGUUCUUCUCUGGCUGUCCGGGGAGCUCUCAGAGGAGGAAGUGGCCCUUCUGGUCCUCGCCCUGCGUCUCCGUCGUAGCGCCGCUCAGCUGGUGAAGCUCCGGGCCGGGGACAGCCUACCCACCCAGGCCUUCCUUGUCCUGGCCAUGUGGAGGAGGGGGCUGCCCGCUGCCACACACCAACCCAAGGCCUCUCAGCUGGCUCAGUGCUUAGCCAAGAGUGGCAGGCCGGACCUGGCCAGAGAGCUGCUGCUGCGACAGGCUGCGGCCUCCAGGCAAGGCUCACUGAGACCAGGAAGCCUGAAAAGUAGAAAUCACACUGAUUUUUAA